CUCCUCCUCCUUCCUCCUCUUCUCCUCCUCCUCCUCCUCGCCUCCGACACCACUAUGGCUGCUACAGUGAACUUGGAGCUUGAUCCCAUUUUUCUGAAAGCCCUGGGCUUCUUGCAUUCAAAGAGUAAGGACUCUGCAGAAAAGCUGAAAGCACUUCUUGAUGAGUCUUUGGCCAGAGGAACUGAGUCAAGCUAUCGUCCAUCUCAGAAGGAAGCCGAGCAACCAAAAGUAUCUGUUACCAAACCUAUUAAGCAAGAGCCUAAAACUUCUUCUAGUUUGCCCUCUGGCAACAACAAUGGCAAGCCCACUGCAUCAGAAAAGGUGAAAAAAGAAACAGAAAAGAGAUCUGCUGAUAAAACAAAAGGGGAUACUGCUGAAGGAGCUGAUGCACCAAAGAAGCCCAAAGUAGAGAAGCAAGAGGCUCGUUCCUCUCCUAUUACAGUUCAGACGAGCAAGGAUUUAUCCAUGCCUGAUUUAUCUAGCUUUGAGGAAACCAGUGCUGAUGACUUUGCUAUGGAAAUGGGAUUGGCCUGUGUUGUUUGCAGGCAAAUGACAGUUACUUUUGUGAAUCAGCUAGUGGAGUGUCAGGAGUGCCAUAAUCUCUACCACCAGGAUUGCCAUAAACCUCAGGUGACAGACAAGGAAGUGAAUGAUCCUCGACUUGUAUGGUAUUGUGCCCGCUGUACCAGGCAGAUGAAGAGAAUGGCUCAGAAGACACAAAAGCCACCUCAGAAACCAGCUCCUGCAGUGGUUUCAGUUGCACCAGCUUUGAAGGAUCCAUUGGUCAAGAAGCCAGAAAUUAAGUUAAAACCUGAGACCCCACCAGCUUUUCUAGCAUUCAAGAGAACAGAAGUCAAGACCUCAGCAGCAGUUUCAGGGAACUCUGCCAGUACAAGUGUUUCCUCUUCAGCAACGAGUGGCCUUACAGGAUGGGCUGCUUUUGCAGCCAAAACCUCCUCUGCCAAUCCAUCAACUGCCAAACUGGGAUCAACAGCACAGAGUGCCAGUGGGAAACCAGCAGCUUCUUCAAAUAACCAGAAACCUGUGGGUUUGUCAGGGUUGGCAACUUCAAAAACAGGACUAGGGUCAAAAAUAGCUUCUGCCAACAACAGCACAAACCCUGUUCAGCUGAAACCUCCUCCACCUCUGACACUGGGGAAAACCACCCUGAGCCGCUCAGUGAGCAGCGACAACGUCAGCAAAGUGGGUCUCCCGAGUCCCAGCAGUGCCGCGCCGAGCACCAGCAGCCAGGGGAGCAGCGGGAACGGCAACAGCGGGAAUUCAGGGAACAGCGGGGGCGGCACGAGUAAAACCACCACGGAUACUGGUAAUCAGUCAGCCUCCCUAAAGGGCCCAACUUCUCAGGAAUCUCAGCUCAAUGCUAUGAAAAGGUUGCAGAUGGUCAAGAAAAAGGCUGCUCAAAAGAAACUCAAGAAGUAGUACGUCUGCUUGCUAAUUUUGUUGGUUAUGUUCUAUGAAACAGCAGCAUUGGUGUUUUUGUUAAAGGAAAUCCCCCAGUUACUGGACUGAAAUGGAGGUUAAAUCAGGGAAACCCCAAACUCAUGUUAUACAGGAGGUCAAACUUCAAUAAUUCUGGUAUUCCUUCUGCCUUGAGAACUGAGUAUGUUGGAGGAAUUCACUAUUAUAUGCUCCUGUUUCUGUAGCUCAAAGCACUGAAACUUGAAAUUGUAAAAGUUGGGUAUUUUUAAAUAUUAAAAACCCCACGUUUAUGGGGACACUUAAUAAAAUGAACUUUCUGAAACCAUCAUUCUUAAAUGUUAAUAAUAAAAGGAUUAUUAAUCUGGGAA